AAAAGGUCAGCCGGAGCGUAGUGGGAGCUUUAUAUGUAUUUGGAGUGCAGGGAAGCACAUUUGGGUUUGUACGAUAAGGAAAAUUGAGGAAGCACGAUAGGUUUGUAUGUUUCCGUUCCUUGUAUCGAGAUCGGCCACCUGGGAACGAAUGCUCGAUUUCUGGCCACGCUAGUCCUUAUCACGCCUGCCGUCGCCUGUCCAUGAGCUCACGCAAAAACGGAUCAACGAAGCUGAUGCUCCGGCUCCCUCCCCAGGGUCGUUUGUUCCACCUUAUUUCCUCCUUCCAGAGCCUCUCCCACUCUUCCCUAUGCUCUAUCCUCACCUUCAUCAACGCCAAGUAUUCCAAUCGCGAGAAUAUGUGUGGUUUUACAAGUCUGGAUUGUACGAUCGGUCCUGCACUAGCCGAUGUCCAAGCAAAAUUUAAGCUUCGCUCCCGCGACAGGGAUCGGCUGUGGCGAUGCCAACAUAGCCAGAUAUAUCGGGAGAAACUCCGCCGCUAUGCCUAAUUUCUUCUAACGGCAGCUGCCAUAUAAGUCAGAAACACCUAUCAUUCAGGCGGGGUCGCUUUUCUGCUCGACGUGCUAGUCCGAGGUACACACGUGCCAAACGCGUCGGUGUCGUUGAUCCCCCGUGUGACGGAGCCAAAAUCAAUGCACUCAAUUUGCUCGUGAUUGUUUUACCGGAAUACUCGUUUACAUUAUCUGGAGCGCUCUUCCCAACUUAUGACACGUCAGAUUGUGGGGUUUAGAGUCGGAUGACUUCAUCUCAAGGCUGUCUUCCCAAGAAAUUACAAAAAUAACGGUUCCACACGAACCGGCGCUGGAAACGGGACCAGGAACGGUACUGAUAAGUACUUAUCGACCCGCGCGCCGCCUACAUGCGCACAUACGCAGUUGCCCGAAUCCAGGUCGGGUCUACAAAACUAUUAACCCUGCCUACCCCGCAUUCUUCCAUCAUCCCUACGCGAAAAUGCUACUUAC